AUGAAGGUCGCCAUUGUCUUCGCCUCGACACUUUUAGCCGUUGCCACAUCCGUGCAAGCUGGUAAUGUGCAACGUUCACCUCACGUUCCACCUUCUGUGCCGGAUGAAAAGGCAUCGGUUGACUCGGUCACGCCUGCACCCGCGAUGUCCGCUUCGACGAGCGCAAAUAUUCCGACGCCAGCACCGACACAGGGGGCCACGUACACGCCGCGUCUGUUUCCUAACCGGCCGCAGCCAGAACUUCCGACCGGUACCUCAGGUGGUAAACACUCGACUGAAACCGCUGUCGGCGUGGCGUACGCUACCACGCGCUCGUCCUAUGAGGCUGAAAAACAUGCUGGCAACGGCAGUGCCACGGUACCCGUUCUGGUUGUUGGUUGUUGCGUUGGAGUGAUCGGUGCCGUAGCCGCUGCGAUGGCUAUUUCCAAGCGCAAGGCAGCUGUCGCUGAGACCGAAAAUGAAAUGGAGCCGGAGUACUCGAAUGCUAUGCAUACUCCCGUGGCAUCCGACAAGAGGAGCUACUCCAGUCUUCUCGAAUCGCCCGCCGCUGUAAUACACGACGUCGACUACAUUGGCGACAUCGACGACAUGGACUCGCAUGUCGUGUGA